CAAAACCGAGAUUCCCGCCCGCCGUUCCAAACUUCCAAUCCAUCGAAAUCGAGAAAUUCCCCAAUCCUCUCAGCCCUAACCCCCCUGCUCUCCAUGCGUCUGAGCACAGCACCCGCGCUACACGCCUCUAGGAUUCCGAGCCACCAUUCCGCAAGAAUGCCUCUUCGCGCCCAGUAGCUUCCCCGUCCUUGUCCGAGGGGGGAGUCAUGGAGGACGGCAACGGCGGCGGGGAGGGGAGCACGAGCGGGGGGAGGUUCCCGAUACUGCAAGCGAACCGGGACCCCGAGUCCAACUGGGAGGUGGACGUCGCCAAGAGCCUCGAGGAGUACCUCCUCAAGAUCUGCUCAGGCGAGAUCUCCGGCGAAGACUUCAACUUCGCCGAAGCGGCGCUAUUGCUCCAAGGAUCGGUUCAAGUUUACAGCCGCAAGGUGGAGUACUUGUACUCGUUGGUGCUACAUGCACUGGAAUUUCUGUCGCAAAAUAAGCCAGAUCAACAAGGAAAGGGUUCUGCUGAAGCUAAUGAAAGUGACCCUAGCACUACUUCCGACAAAGAAGAUGAUAUGUUUCUGGGUUUGGAUGAUGUCCCAGCGGAAACAAGGAUCACUUUGGGUAACAAUCUUGACCGGGAUGAGUUGCGAAGAAUAAUUGUGAGGCCACCAGCAAAUCUAUUGGUGUUCGAAGGAGACUGUGUCGAUAGCGAAGCGAGCGAGCUGGAUUCGUAUUUGUUAGCAACAUGUGGUUUCUAUGGAGAUUUCCUCCUGCUGGAUCCAUGUGAUGCACCAGCUGUUUUUGCCUUCCUGCAAGGAAAAAAUGUAUGCAAAGAAGAUAUUCUGUCUCAUGGAGGUGGCUCAGCACCAUCUAAACGCCGAAACAACGUCUUCACUUCCCCAAAUGCAAGAUCGGGGGGUACUGCUCGUAGAAAAACUCCUGGGGAAGUCCCGCGAAAUGCAGUUCAACCAGAGAUUGAAAAAUCUCAAGAAACGAAUCCAGGUGAAAGUCCAGCGAAUAACUGGCCUGAUCAUCGUGGUGACCUUACUCCUGAUCUCAGCCCGUCCCAGCCAGAGUAUGUAGACCCUGGAUGCCCAGAUCUCAGGGAUGAUUCCGAUGACGAGGAUCCAUAUAAAUCUUUAGAUCCACAUGAACCUAGCAACCUAAAGAUUAAACCUUAUAAGAGAGUAAAAUGUUUUCCAAGGCAAGUUAUUGGCGCUCCUAAGAAAAAAACUCUUGCAUCUAUAUUUCCUGCGGCAAAGAUGGAUGGUGUUGUUAGUCCCGAGCUAACAAAAUAUGUUGUAUUACGUAUGCCUCAACUCUAUGUCUCCCAAUCAGUUCCUCUUUAUGAAAAGCUUUUGUUGUCAUUUGAAUCUGGUGACAAAAAGCGUGUUGAUGAGCCCAAUCCUAGUAUGCAUGAUUCCGAUGAUGAGCCAGACAUCCCAACUUACCCAGAUGAUGGGCUAGGCAGCCCAAUUGAUCAGCCAGUCUUGAAUAUACCGGGGAGCAUGGAUGCUCUUUGUCAGUCGCAUCUGGAUAAGCUGCUUUGUAGGAUAGCUGAGGCGGAACAACAAUCCGCGCUGGAUGCACGGGUUUCAACAUGGAAACAGCGGAUCGAGCACGCCUUGGAAGAGCAGGAUAGAAAUCCACCUUUCGAUAUCGGUCUAUACAGAGAGCAAAUCCUCGACACGCUCUCAUCAAGAACCGACACAGGGACCGCAUCGUUCAGUCAGAUUGUUAGCGGCCACCCAAAGUACGAUGUUGCGAGAACGUUCUCCGCCCUUCUCCAGUUGGUGAAUGGCAGAUGUGUUGAUCUAGACAAAGGACAGGCCACGAGCGAAUUGGUGUGCUACACGGGUGCCAACCCGUUCCACGUAAAGCUGAUCGGUCCCAACCGCAGGCCAGAGAUGGAGGCACGUUUCGCGCGCAAGAGGGUCAAGUCCCCUGAACGACGAUGUUGUGAUGAAGGGGGCGAGCCUUGUCGGGUACAAGCGCAGAAGCAGGCGCCUAAGGAUGGCAAGGUCUCUUCGGUUAAGGCGGCGGCGAGGUUGACCCCUGAAGGAAAGCGGAGGCGAAGGUCUGGUCCGCUGCCGCAGCCAUUCGAUCUGGAGUCCAGCUGAUUGAUCCAAAUGAAUGGCAGACUGACCCUUGAGCGCAUUACUAGUUAGUAGCAGUAUAGUUUUUCUCUUGUGGGCUUUUUCUCCUUGUCUGCCGAGGGAGGGCUUUGAGUAGUGAGUAGGAUUUAUAAGUUAUGAAUUGAUUAGGGCUUAGGUAGAGUGGUAGAUGGUCGGUGUAUAUAUCCAAUAGAUCACUGAUUUGUGCCGUUAUGUAUAUAUGUUUAUUAUCGAUCCAAAUGUAGCGUUUUUUGGGUCUGUAUUGUAUGGGCAGAUACUAGAAUAUUGUUUGAUGAUAUAUUCUACUCCCUCUGCAAAGAAAUAUAAGAGCGUUUAGAUCAUACGGAGGGAGUAAUAAGUCAGUAAUUGGCACCUGAUAUGUGUCUGACGAGAAACAUUAAGCUGCAUUCAGGUUUUUAUGAUCACUCUCGUUUGUUCUUAUCUUGUACGUACUG